UUUUUCCUCUUCUUCAUACAUUUACAUAAACACUAGACUUUUAUUCUUGCAAUAAUUCAGGCGUUUUAUGUCAUAAUUAAAUUGUUUUUUUUAUCUACUCGUUAUUCCAUUGUUUUGCUGUCGAAAUUCAAUUGCUUGUCUUUUUGUUGUUGUUGUUGUAGUACAAGUAAUUUUGGGUGUCCCUGGUCGGUAGUUUUAUUUUCGGAAUUCAACAGUUUUUGUUGGGUCAUAAAUCGAUUGUUUUUACUUAGAAUUUAAUUGUUUUUUCAUGCCGUAAUUUAGUAGCUUUUUUUGUAUUUAGGUUUUUGAUAGAGUUAGGUCUAGGUCUAUAUCAUUCAUUCAGUAGUUUCCAUUUCUGUCGUAAAUCAGUGGCAUUUUAGAAAUGUUUACGUAACUCCAUACUACCGGUACAUCUGCAUACAAAUCCAUAAUGUACAUGUUCAGAUUUGAACUCAAAACACUACAGCUUUUGCCGGAUGAACUGGAUGAGUCUACUUACGGCCUGGAAGUGAAAAAUGCAAAGAACGGGAAAUAUCAGGCAGAGGAUUUUUUUAUCUUCCUGGACAUUCUCGGCUCGGGCCGGACUGGCGUCGUGUUUCGCGCCAUUUUCAAGCCGGACAACAAGGAGCUGGCGGUGAAGUUCAUCAGCCACUUCCGCAAGUACCGCGCCAACGUCAUGAGGGAGCUUUCCGUCCUCAAAAUGACCAGGAAAUGCAGAUUUUUAGUCCAGUAUCAUUCUCACUUCCGUGUGGGGAACAAUCUGUACAUUGUGACUGAGCUGUACGAGGGGGGAUCACUCCAGGCUCUUCUCGAUCCGCUACUGGCUCUCCCGCCUUUGCUGACCAGGUUUCAGUCAGUAACCAAACUAAACGUGAAGUAUCCCUCUUGGGCGUUCGACGACCCCGGCACUUUGGACCUAUGUCAGAGGUUGCUGGUGAAGGAGCCUAGGCACAGGCUGGGCUCCGGCAACAAGGAUGUGAUCAAGAAAUUGUGGCAGAUCCUGAGCCCAUCAGACACAAUGGGGAAAGGAUCAGCACGUUCCAAACGGUUACGCUCCACUAGUCUGAUGCCCCACGUGUUCUCCAAGUACCUGUUCGGCGACCCCACGGGCAGCUUCGUCCAGUAGUCUCCACCAUAUCGCCGUCAGUUUUUUUAAAGUACAGUGAUUAGGCAGUUUUUUGCAGUUUUAAAAGAAGCGGUGUAGCUUUUAAAUGUUCAAAAUGUGGCAAACGUUUCUCUGCCAGAAUUGGUCUCAUCGGCCACAGCAGAAGACACAAGUCGUGUUAACCUACAAUUCUUCUAACUCUUCUAUUUCGCAAGAGAAAUAUUCCACUCUGAGGAUAUUGGUCAUCGCCAGAACUGACGGACGAGCUGGUGUUACAGUUUUAAAUGGGAGCAAAAAAAACCCUGAAUGUUGUUAUCAAGAAAACAGCAACAUGAAGAUAAUAAGGAAGUAUUAUCAAAAUUGUAUUUUCUAAAAUGUUGACCAAGGAUGUUUGCAAAGAAUUCGUUUUCUUGGU